AAACGUCCGAGUUGGCGGCGGUGUGAACAUGCACGACGUACGGUUCCUGGUGGCGGCUCUGGCCGCUGUCACGGCGGCGGCCACAUCUCCCUGGGCUCCAGUUGGUCCAGCUCCGAAGGGAGCCAUGGUGACCCUUCGUUUCGCGCUUCGAGCUGCGACACCUUCGGCGCUUGAUGACGCAUUGGCCUCGGUCGCCGAUUUCCACUCGCCAGCGUAUGGUCAGUUUCUCACGGAUGUUUCAGCGCUUGUGCAUCCCAGCGCAGCUGCGAUCGAGUCCGUCGAGGCGUUGUUCCACGCACAUAACGUUUCCCGGAGCGCUCACGGCGAUUACGUCCGUGUGGCGUUGCCCGUGGCUGCCGCAGAGGCACUGCUCCAAACGGAACUCUUCGAAUAUGCACAUCAAACCGCUCACGACCGCCGCAUCAUUCGACCUCGAGAAUCGUACACGCUUCCACCCGACGUCAACGAUCACGUCCUACUCGUGGACGGCCUGGACGCGUUCCCAACGCUGUUUCAAGCCCAGUGGCGUGCUACGUCAACAGGAGCAGACGAAGCCUCGUCUACGUCCGUGGCUGCCAUCCAACGCGCGUACGAUUUGCCGUCUGGCUUGGAUGCGUCGGAUCCACGCAAUGCGAUCAUUAUCGGCGCGUUUCUCAAAGAGACGUUCAACGAGCGCGAUGUCGAAAAGUAUGUGACGAGCAAUCAAGUCGUCGGGACGGACUCAAAGCCACGAGUGUUUCAUGGGCCGCAGCCCGUGCACUGCAUCGGAGAUGGUAAGGGUGUUGGAACAGGUGAAGCAUCGCUCGACACGCAGCUCGUGGCUGCUCUGACCCAGAGCCAGCAAGCUUCGGUUCUGUGCUACAAUGGGCACCGCCUUGACGACCAAGCUUUCGACGAUAGCAAUCAAGAGCCCUUCCUAUUGUUCAUGCAAGAUGUCAAUGCCAUAGAGCCUCCGCCCGCGGUCGUGUCCAUCAGCUAUGCCGACGACGAAUGCGCUUUGCCGCCAGCGUACAUGGCAGCGGUAGAUGCCGAAUUCAAGAAAGCGGGAGUUCGAGGGACAACAAUCGUCGUGUCCAGUGGAGACAACGGCGUUGUCGGAAGCAGUUUGCUCGGCUUUUGCGGCAUGCCAACGUGCAGUCGAUUCCAGCCACAAUACCCCGCGUCGUCGCCGUACGUGCUAUCCGUUGGGGCGACAAAAUUGCUUUCGUCCGGGGAGGUGGCGCUUUCGACGGAAAAUGGAGGCGCAAUCACGACGGGGUCUGGCUUCAGUAGCUACAUUAGCCGGUCAGCUGCGCCAUCCUUUCAAGACAAUUUGGUCGACGCUGCACUAUCCCAUCUAUCUCCUGACGCUCUUGGCAAGAUCAACCCAGCUGGACGUGCAUACCCCGACGUCGUGGCGGUGGGGCACAACGUCGGCGUGUACGUGAAUGGCGGUAUUCAGCAAACGGACGGGACGUCAGUGUCGGCGCCGGUGGUGGCGUCGCUCCUGGCGCAUGUGAACAAGUGGCGCUUGGACCAUGGCAAAGCGCCACUCGGCUACGUGGUCCCGUACUUGUACAAGCUGUACUCAGUAUGCCCGGAAGUGUUCAACGAUAUCACAUCUGGAGUGAACAAGUGCGGCGGACUUGGCCAAAGCUGCUGCGCCGACGGACUCCACGCUGAUGUGGGCUACGACUUGCUCACAGGCCUGGGGGCACUGCAAUAUAGAGUGUGGGUCUCCAAAAUGGACGCAUGCGAAGCAAAGAUGAAAUCAGCAAUGAAUUUGGCAGCCGAGUCUUCAAGUGAGGAUCGGCAAGACGUCAUGUCCAGCAGUGCUAUGGUGGCAGUCGCGGCCAGCGCAGGGAUCAUUGCCGUGGUUGCUGGUGUCGUUGCAGUCGGUCGUCGCCAUGGUUCCCAAUCGCCUUGUGACGCAUCCCAUUACGUGUUUAUUCGUUAAUGGCUUCUAGCCAAUUCUUCACUUGGUUGGCACAUCGGACUCCAUCUAGAAAACAAAAUGCUUACAUG